AUGACUGUGAAUGAUGGGUACUUUGACUUUUUUCAAAACUGGAUUCAUUUCUACAAUAAACUUCAAUUAAACUUCCCCCUGAUAGUAAUUGCCGAGGACGAUGAUGUGUUUUUGAAGCUGCACCAAUUAAAUGCACAGUCGGUGUUCACUCUAGUCAGAAGUUGGAGAAACUCUCUAAGGUCGGCUGUUGUAUACGGAUCUAAAGAAUUUAACGAACUUGCAUCGGGAAGACCGACGUAUAUUCUGACGUAUUUAGAAACAGGAACAAAUAUUCUUUACACAGACACAGAUUCUGUAUGGUUACAAGACCCUUUUCCAUAUUUCCAAGGGCCAUUUGAUAUGUGGAUGCAGGUAGACGGUCCUGGAAAUUUAUGUACCGGGCUGAUGGCUAUUAAAAGCAAUAAUGAGUCUAUAAAAUUAAUGAGGCUAUGGGAAGCUGCCUUGAAAAAACGUUUAGAUAUUGACCAGACAGUGUUUAAUCAAGUUUUCACAAACUCGACAAUACACUUAAAGCCACUGGACAGGAACUUGUUUCCAUCAGGGAAUCUGUAUUUUGAUCAGUUUACCGACACCAAACGUGUGGUCAAAAUUGGCCUCGCUCUGGAGUUAACGUACUACAUAUGUAGACACAUCUACGUGUUCUUACCAGAUAGAAAUGGCGAUGUCUUGGAAGUUCUUGAUACAUACUGGUACACGUGUAGCAAUACAAGAGCAGAUGGGACAUGUUUAGAUUUUGAACGCAGCAUGCCUCCAGAUUUAUGA